AUAACUUUGGUGAUGUUAAGAGGGGAGCGCCGUCAUCUCAAAAGAUCCUUAAGUGGAUGCGCGAAUCGGUCUUUCUGAAGUGCAUUUGCCGUAGUCGACUUAUGAUGGCACCAACUUCACAAAUGCACGUCAGUGUUGUGGGAACAGGAGCUCCUGGUACUCCAAAGAGUGUUAUAAUAUGCACAGAUUCAACACGAUACCUUAUUAAUUGUGGUGAAGGCACACAACGAAUUUUAACCGAACACAAAUCAAAAAUCUCUAAGAUUCAACAUGUCUUUUUUACAAGAAUGUCGUGGAGGCAUCUUUCUGGUCUUCUAGGGAUAGCGCUGACUGUGAAAAUGGCUGGCGUGAAGAAAAUGCUUGUGCACGGCCCUCCUAACGUUAUCGAGUUGAUGAAAAUGACACGUCACUUUGCAGAUGCCUCGACAACAGAAGUUGCGCAAAGUAGUAUCUUACAGAAACCAAUGCGGAACGACGAUUUCGUAAUAACUGCAUUUGAACUGACUGAGGAGGAAUUAAUCGAACCACGUGGCGAUGUUAUGCGUUCCGCUAAAAUACGCCAGCUUGUUGAAGGGCAUCCGCUUACUCUAGAUGAUGGUCGUGUUAUUUCACCUGAAGAGGUUACUGAUGAGCCUGCCAUACCCCGAAAUAUACUGGUUCUCGAGUGUCCCCAUGAAUCCUACAUUCCUCGCUUUCUUCAAGCUGAUCAACUGUUCAAUGCCAUUGCGGCCUCCCAAGAUAGUAAUGAAAGCUAUCGAGGUACUGUUCCAGGCAUCACUCUGGCUAUUCACUUUGUUCCGUCGGGACUAUUCGAAUCGCCUGCAUACCAGACCUUUGUUUCUCGCCUGAAUCAGUUUGGCCAAUGUGAAAAGUCGGGUGGAGCAAUGAUGAAUGAGAUCAACAGCAAUGGCGCUUCAUACAUCGGAGACACUGACAAUGGCGAUGGUCUUCAUCACCUCGUCCUGGAUGGUUCUGAAACCCGACGUCCCUGCCCUGCCGUGAUUGGAAUCUUUAGUCAAUCCAUCAUUCUCCACACCCAUUUCGAUUCUCAUCUUUAUCCCAAGCUAAUGGCUCUCAGUUCCUCUGAGCCAAAACCGAACUUUUCUCACGUGAAGCCCUUCUCACAGGUAGUGUAUGCUGAACCGAUGAUGCGCUACUUUCUGCGUGCACAUACCGGAUUUGACACGUACGUUGAGUUAUCUCGUCUGAAUAUUCCAUUCUCCAAAGGGUCCACGGCUGCGCAUUGUAACGAAGUUACUCAAAUUCUGGGGGAAUCUCCCAGAUUCUUAUUGGAGAACUGUGUAAUUUUGGAUGAAAAUGAGUUGCUUCAACAGGCCUUUGAUCCGCUUUACGUGUCCGAGGUGGAAGCUGAGGAGGCCUUCAAGGAGAUGCGCUCCAAACUCAACUCCACUAUUGCCAAGAGACAUGAGGACGGAGUCACUUCGUCGCUGGAGAAGUUGGAGUGGCCCGAAUUUACUUUCUUGGGGACAGCUUCCUCUUCGCCCAGCAAGUAUCGAAACAUCAGCGCCAUUCUCGUACGCCUCAGUCCAAACGAGUGCAUCCUUCUGGACUGUGGAGAGGGCACUUUAAAUCAACUUUAUGCUCUUUAUGGAGUCGAGAGAACCCAUCACCUUUUGCGUGGUCUUCGCCUUAUUCUUAUCACCCAUAUGCAUGCUGAUCACCAUGGCGGCGUGAUGACAAUAGCGCGGAAGGUUUACGAUCUCACUCGAGAUUCUACGGGUCUGUCGGUGCUUGCACCACCACCCUUCUGGAAGUGGGUCGACAGCUACACUGACCUCUUCCAGUCCACCACUACUACCGGUAAGCACGUGCGUCUCUUCGCCAUCAACCGCGUUUACGAGGCCCCGCCCCAAUCCGGCAUGGCAUCCGCCAGUAGAUGUACUCCUGACUUGAUUUCACCUCCUGCCCUCAGUCCUAUAUGGCAGUUGCGGACUUCAGACGAUUCCGUAACUAGUGCAUGGAAGCAACUGCUCUCUCAGUUGGAACUCAAGAUUGAACCUGUUAAAGUGCCGCAUACGGGCACUUCGUGGGCCUUUGUGCUAUCUCAAGAUAAAGAAGGACUAGAGGACGCGAGGCCCUGGAAAGUGGUUUACUCGGGAGACACUCCACGCUGCUCGCAUCUGGCCGAAGCAGGGCGCGAUUGUGAUCUCCUCAUUCAUGAGGCCACAAUGGGCGACGGCUACGAGGAGCAAGCUAUUGCCGCGCAUCACAGCACAACUAGUGACGCAAUCACGAUUGGUCGGUUGAUGCGCGCAAAGUUUAUCCUUCUCACUCAUUUCAGUCAGCGCUUUGCACGCCUGCCUAGCUUUGACACCUUCCAGGAGGACAUCGCACCUGCCUUCGACUUCUUGCAGGUGAGGUUGGGAGAACUGUGGAAGUUGCCCUACUUUCUGCCAUUCUACAAGUACGCCUUCGCUCGUCACUGGGAUCUGUUACAGACUCGGGCAGACGCUAAUCAGCAUCGAAGGGCCCGUGCCGAGGGAGCCCUCGAGGCGACUCGCUCUAUUGUUUCUCAGGCUCUCGGGGAAGUUGGGCUCCCCAGGAGUACACAGUGA